AUGGCGGCAGUGGCGGCGGCGGCGGCGGCUGCAGAGCAGCAAAGUUCCAAUGGUCCUGUAAAGUCCAUGCGUGAGAAGGCUGUUGAGAGAAGGAAUGUCAAUAAAGAGCACAACAGUAACUUUAAAGCUGGAUACAUUCCGAUCGAUGGAGAUCGUCUCCACAAAACAGGGUUGAGAGGAAGAAAGGGCAAUUUAGCCAUCUGUGUGAUUAUCCUCUUGUUUAUCCUGGCUGUCACCAAUUUAAUAAUAACACUUGUUAUUUGGGCCGUGAUUCGCAUUGGACCAAAUGGCUGUGAUAGUAUGGAGUUUCAUGAAAGUGGCCUGCUUCAAUUUAAGGAAGUAUCUGACAUGGGAGUGAUCCAUCCUCUUUAUAAAAGCACAGUAGGAGGAAGGCGAAAUGAAAAUUUGGUCAUCACUGGCAACAACCAGCCUAUUGUUUUUCAGCAAGGGACGACAAAGCUCAGUGUAGAAAACAACAAAACUUCUAUUACAAGUGACAUCGGCAUGCAGUUUUUUGACCCGUGGACUCAAAAUAUCUUAUUCAGCACAGACUAUGAAACUCAUGAGUUUCAUUUGCCAAGUGGAGUGAAAAGUUUAAAUGUUCAAAAAGCAUCUGCUGAAAGGAUUACCAGCAAUGCUACCAGUGAUUUAAAUAUAAAAGUGAUGGGCAUGCUAUUGUGCAUGGAAAUGAAGGAGUAGGGAGUAUUCAUUAUGGGCAAAACCAUUGAAUUUCACAUGGGUGGUAACAUGGAGUUAAAGGCGGAAAACAGUAUCAUCCUAAAUGGAUCUGUGAUGGUCAGCACCACCCGCCUACCCAGUUCCUCCAGUGGAGACCAGCUGGGUAGUGGUGACUGGGUACGCUACAAGCUCUUCAUGUGUGCUGAUGGGACGCUCUUCAAGGUGCAAGUAACCAGCCAGAACAUGGGCUGCCAAAUCUCAGACAACCCCUGUGGAAACACUCAUUAAAAGAACCCCAGAGGUCACCAACAUGUUUAUAUCUUGACUUUUUUAUGCAUGCAAAUCAUUGUUUUUACAGAGUUUGUGAUAACUCAUAAUUAUUUUAAUGGCAGAGCACUGCUGUAUCUGUUUUAUGGUCUCAUAGUUAAAAUCUUCUCAGAGAGCCUAA